GGUUCCUCAGCUCCCGCCCCCUCUACUCUGCUCCUUCCCUUCCCGCCUCCUCCGCUCCCUCGCCGCCCGCCUCCUCAGCUCCCUUCCCGCCCGCGUCCUCCUGCGCUGAGCUGGCGGCGCUGGGUCUCACCCGACAUGGCGUGCAAGGACGUGCUGGAGGACACGGUCGAGGAGCGCGUAAUCAGCGAGGAGUACAAGAUCUGGAAGAAAAACACCCCCUUCUUGUACGACCUGGUGAUGACACACGCCCUGGAGUGGCCCAGCCUCACGGUGCAGUGGUUGCCUGAUGUGACCAGGCCAGAAGGAAAGGAUUAUGCUCUACACUGGCUGGUUUUGGGAACGCACACGUCUGAUGAACAGAACCACCUGGUUGUUGCCAGAGUCCAGAUUCCCAACGAUGAUCAGUUUGAUGCUCUGCAGUAUGGCAGUGAGAAAGGAGAGUUUGGUGGCUUUGGAUCUGUGACUGGCAAAAUCGAAAUGGAGAUUAAAAUUAACCAUGAAGGUGAAGUGAACCGUGCUCGUUACAUGCCGCAGAAUCCCUGCAUAAUUGCGACAAAAACACCGUCUGCUGAUGUGUUGGUAUUUGACUACACUAAACAUCCAUCAAAACCAGACCCAAGUGGAGAGUGUAAUCCUGACCUUAGAUUAAGAGGGCACCAGAAGGAAGGCUAUGGUUUAUCAUGGAACUCAAAUUUGAGUGGGCAUCUUCUCAGUGCAUCAGAUGAUCAUACAGUGUGUUUAUGGGAUAUAAGUGCUGGACCAAAAGAAGGCAAGAUUGUGGAUGCAAAAACCAUCUUUACUGGGCACUCUGCAGUAGUAGAAGAUGUGGCAUGGCAUCUGCUUCAUGAAUCUCUGUUUGGAUCUGUAGCGGAUGAUCAGAAGCUUAUGAUUUGGGACACAAGAUCUAAUGCCACAUCCAAGCCAAGUCAUUCCAUAGAUGCUCAUACAGCUGAGGUCAACUGUCUGUCCUUCAAUCCUUACAGCGAGUUCAUUCUGGCAACUGGUUCUGCUGACAAGACGGUGGCUCUAUGGGAUCUUCGAAACUUGAAGUUGAAACUCCAUUCUUUUGAGUCUCAUAAAGAUGAGAUUUUUCAGGUUCACUGGUCUCCUCAUAAUGAAACAAUUCUUGCUUCAAGUGGUACUGAUCGUCGGCUUAAUGUAUGGGAUCUAAGUAAAAUUGGAGAAGAGCAGUCUGCAGAGGAUGCAGAAGAUGGGCCUCCUGAGCUGCUGUUUAUUCAUGGAGGACACACUGCCAAAAUUUCAGACUUCAGUUGGAAUCCUAAUGAGCCUUGGGUAAUCUGUUCUGUAUCAGAGGACAACAUAAUGCAGAUAUGGCAAAUGGCAGAGAACAUUUACAAUGACGAAGACCCAGAUAUAGCAGCAGCUGAACUGGAGGGUCAAGGAAUAUAACUUUUCUUUCUCAAGGAGCUACUGGGAGUGACAUGAUAAUAUAAUUCAACUACUGUAUACGUAAAACAAAGCCCCUAAGAAAAAACAAAGUAAAACAAAAUAAACAAGCACUGGGCAGAAGCUGUACAUCAAAGCAAGAAUAUUCUUAAUUGGGUAAAAAAAGCUUGUAUAGUAAAAUUUUUGUGGGAUACCCUUGGUUAUUUGCGCACUUUGAGCUGUUGUAUACUGUACAGCAAAUAGCUUUAGAGAAAGUAAGAAUGACUUAAUAACUAUGUCUAUAUUUUUAAACAAACUUAGUUGGUUCCUGUAAAUAAGACAGUCAAAUCCUCACUCUUCACACAAAGUGUACCCCCCCCUUUUUAUUAAUAUGUAAAAAGAGCUUUUUGCUUUUACACACCACUUUUGGAUUGGCUUUGCAUAAAUAAAAUUUAUUAAAAAAAAUUUGAUGUGUUUAAUGUGCACUGACAUAAGGUGAACACCUUUGUGCCUGAAUAUAAUUUAUCUGCUGCAUGGUGAUAAAGGUAUGUGUUUUUCUAGUUUAUAACUUACCCUACAAUUAAAUGUCUGGAAUGAU